GCGCUGUGCGCUGCGAGAGCGAGCAGGGACCGUCUCUUUCCUUUUUCUUGCCCGCAACAUUGAGAUCCAGGAGAACCAGGGGACCAGGGUGGCCAGGUCUGUGGAGACCCAGCCUUGGCCCUGUUAUGGUUCGGGGUUUUUCUGGUGUGCCUGAAUGUCCCCAGGUACUGGACGGUCAUCUCCAGUCCCGCCACCAGGAGCUCUGCGCCCCGAGCAAGCCCGCAGCCUCUGCUCUGCGUCCGGUGUCUGUGAGUCGCCUGUUCCAGGUCCUCAGACAAGUGGAAUCAGGCGUAUGUCCUUCUGUGACUGGCUCAUCUCGCCUGGCGUGUAGUUUCCGGGUCUCCAUCCACGUUGCAGCGCGUCAGAACUUCGUGCCUUUUCACUCGGUCACACCCCAGUGUGUGCGCCAGCCGGGUCCUGUCUGUAAUCGUGUUUAUUCACCUGCUGAGGGGCACUUGGUCGGCUUCCACAUUUUGACUGUUGUGAAUGACGUUCCCACCCGUGUUUGUGAGGAAGAAGGGCAUUUAUGGUGGAACGUAACUACAUUGUGCUUUGUGCACAGUUCCUGAUGGUAACACGUGGAACAUGAAGAACUGUAAUGAGGCAAAGGCAUGAACAAACCACAAAAACAAAAACGCACUCUAAGUUCAAAGGAUGAACAGCAUUGCAUCAUGAAGGAAGCAUUUGCUGAAGGUCGGGGUUGCGCCAGGCACACACCCUGAGUUCCCAAGCAUCUCAGGAGGGCCCUCCCCAGUUGGGAGGGGCGGCGAGUGUGUGCUGGAGAGACAAGGCCCAGGCAGGCAGCUUUGCUCGCAGGCAGAGGUGGCUGGUGCUGCCGGAGAGGUGCAGGCAGGGCCUUCGGGCCUUCAGAGGCCGGGACAGGGCCCCCCGGGUCAGCGUGGGGGCGUGAAGGAGGCUGCAGGACUCAGCCCGGCACCACGGGAGCAGACAAGGCACUGACUGUGGUCAAUGUCCAGCUCUGCUCUGUCUUUGCUGAAUCCAGCUUGUGUUCUUCUGCUUCCUGGGCCUGCCCGGAGGGCUCUGGGUUCCUCUGGUUCACGGUGCUCACCGCUGUUAAGCAGUCUUCAUCCUGCGCUUAAACAGUCCUGCCGCUCUGUCUCCAGCGGCGCCUUGGAUUCGCUGGGUCUGGCUCUUCUGUGUCUCCGGGCGACCACGCUCUGCUUAACCUUCUGGAAGAGCUGCUUCUCUCUGGGUGGUCUGGAGCACCGCUCUCAGGGGACGCAGACCUGGGCUCACGCUGUGUGCCCAGGGGCAGCACACGACGCAGUGAGCAGCAGCCCCAGCACUCCCGAGCUGUGUGACCGCAGGGAAGUUACUCCACCCCUCUGACCCCCUUGUGCAACAUGAGGGCUUUGGGCGACACCUGAGGCCCCGUCCAGCGCUACAGCUUUAUGCUUGCCCGUAUUGUGAGUUAAUUGCCUCCCUCUGUCACUUGCGGAAUGAGUGACUCAGCAGUCUGACUGCUUUGCGGGCGUUUCUGAGGAAGCCUGGUUAUCCUGCCAUCAGGAGCAAGGGCAUGUCCAUGGUCAAACAGUCUGACGGUCUGAUCUGGCUGGCGUCUGGCUGACACUCACUGGGUUUCUUCUCGCUGCCCCCUUUCAGUGAAGCAGCUCGGACAUCGGCUGGCCAGAGGCAUCCGGGCCAUGGUGGGACUCUGAGCGAGACCUGCCAACAGGAACCGGCUGUCACCCACCGGCCUUCCCAGCCCGGAUUCAGGAUGCUGACCCUGAAGCUCCCGAGGCUGCUCAGCGCCGAGCAGGUGCCCCAGGUGUUCCAUGAGCAGGGUAUCCUCUUUGGCUACCGACAUCCACAGAGCUCCGCCACUGCCUGUGUCCUCAGCCUCUUCCAAAUGACCAAUGAGACCCUCAACAUCUGGACACACCUGCUGCCCUUCUGCUUCUUCACGUGGAGGUUUGUGAGUGUCCUGCGUGCGACGGACAUCCCUAACGACAGCUACUCCUGGCCCCUGCUCGUGUACAUGGGCGCCAGCUGCGUGUACCCGCUGGCGUCCAGCUGCGCGCACACCUUCAGCUGCAUGUCCGGGAACGCCCGGCACAUCUGCUACUUCCUGGACUACGGCGCCGUCAGCCUCUUCAGCCUGGGCUCCGCCAUCGCCUACUCGGCCUACGUGUUCCCGGACUCCCUGGUGCGCAGCACCUUCCACGACUACUACGUGGGCCUGGCCGUGCUGAGCGCUGUCAUGAGCACCGGCCUCUCCUGCUACUCCAGGUUUCUUGAGAUCCAGAAGCCCAGGCUCUGUAAGUUGCUCCGUAUCCUGGCCUUCGCUUAUCCCUACACCUGGGACUCCCUCCCCAUCUUCUCCAGGCUGUUCCUGCUCCCCGGGGGGAGUGCACAGAAUGAAGCCACCCUGUACCACCAGAAGCACAUGGCCAUGACCCUCCUGGCCUCCUUCUUCUACUCCGCACAUCUGCCGGAGCGCCUGGCCCCUGGCCGCUUCGACUACAUCGGUCACAGCCACCAGCUGUUCCACGUGUGCGCGGUCCUGGCCACGCACAUGCAGAUGGAAGCCAUACUUCUGGACAAGACUCUGAGGAAGGAAUGGCUGCUGGCCAACUCCAGGCCCCUGCUGCUCCCUCACAUAGCUGGAGCCGUCCUCCUGUGCCUCGUCUGCAGCCUGAGCAACAUAGUUUAUUUCUCAGCUGCUCUGUAUCGGAUUCCCGAGCCAGAAUUACUUAAAAAAGAAACAUGAUUCAGACCAUAAGCCUUCUGUGCCAAAUGUCACCACCAAGCCUGCAACAUCCUACGCCCCUAAGCCAGGGGUGUGGUUCCAGUUUACAGUGGCUGGAAAUAUUUAUAGAGCUUGGUGUCAGCACUUUUGAGUGGCUUCCUGUCAAUAAGGUGUUCAACUGGGGGGAUGUCUCUGGGUGUGCAGUGGUUCUGCAUGUGUGAUUUUAAAGGGGGAACAUGGGUCCAGGUAGGUCCUCAGGCAGGCACACCAUUAAUGUUUCACGAAGCGUUAGCUUUGUUUAAAGUGAGCUCGCCAGCUCUAUCUCAGCAGUUGGAGCGGGCCCACCGCCCUGCAGCUGCACAUUAAGUAGCUGCUUUGGGCUUCUCUGCCCUCGCGGUGGGCCCCUGAGGACAGAAUGUGCUUCAUCUGCUGAGUCUCACGCAGCAGAGUCUCUCCGAGGGCUCCCACCGUGGGAGGAGGAUGAGCUGGAACUACCGGCCAGUAGGGGAACCUGACAGAGAGGAGGCCCGGUGCAUGGGAGCCCCGGGCUGGGAAGGCGAUCCGGGGGGAAGGAGCCUGGUUGGGGAGGGGUCUCAUCUUUUCCCCACCUGCGAAGGGGCCGGGUAGGAAGAGCCCUCUUUCCCCACGAGCCUGCCCCGCCUCGCAGAGCAGCUCCUAAGUAAUAUGGACUUGGAUUUUCUUAAAAUCCGGGACUGGGGGUCGUGCGUUCUGCUUUGCUCUGCUUUCUUGUCGCGGGUUCGGUGCCGCAGGUGUCAGGCAGUGCAGGGGAAGUGUGCCCCUUGGGGCGCCGGCUGAGCCAGCCCCAGCUGGCGGUGCUCGGCCCUCAGCUUUUAAACCAGUCACUGUAUGUUGCCUCAGCGUUUCAUAGGUGCAAAAUGCAGCAUUCGCGUGCGGAGGACGCUGAAGGCCUUGCCAGAGAGACGGAAACACUUGGUGAGCUUGUGCCAAUGCAGGUUCCCCUGGGCACAGCCAGAGACCCUGUUUUACUAGCUUAAAACGUGGGUUUCCUGGAGAGGGUCUGCGCUGGAGCAAGUCCCCUGGGUGCUUCUAAGCCAGGAGGGCCAUGGGCCGAGCUCGAAGACGCACUGGCGUCACAGAUUCCAUAGGGCACUGGGCUCUUGGCUUGGUUUCAGUCGGUCUAACUUCAGCAGCUCACCACCUCAGGGUGAGUCAGUCCCCUGCUUUCCACUCCAUGCGGUGCUAAAAGGCCGAGUGUUUUCUCAUCUGUUGCGUGACUAAUUAAGGUCCCGUAUUUCAUGGGGUCUUCACAGUGUACAGAAAUGCUGACGCAAAACAGGUUUUCACGGAGGCCUGUCAACCCCUGACGUGCACUUGGGAAUGACUUAAGGGGCCACCCACCACAGCUGACUCAGGAGCACCCCCAUAUCUUGGAAUACUGCCUCUGUGGUGGACUGGCCCAGACACCCGAAUGGGCUUGUCAACUGCUCACCGCUCAGUCCUCUGGGGACAAGUAACAAUUUACGUUGGCUGAGAGUGGUCAAGAAAUAUGAUUCAUUAGCUGUAUUACCUGUUUACUUCCUCUGGGGACAGUGGACUGAUAAAAUGAUGUGGGCUGGUAAAUUUUUGGUACAUUAAUUGCAAGCUGCACAACAGAAUUUGAUUUUGGCAAGAGGCUGACGUUGCAAGUGGAAUUCUACUCCAGCAGGGUCUGUGGGCUUCUGUCUCGUCCUACUGUAAGUUCGGUUCAGUUUUAUGGUGAACAAAGGCACAAAGUUUAAACACCCUACUCUAGUGAUGCCAGAGGCGUGAAGCCUUUUACAUUCUCUUGUUGGUAGAGAGUGAAAUAAUGUUCUUCGCUUAGCCCAGAAACAGUUGAAAGAUAACGGGUGACUAAUUUGAAGGACUUUAGGAUUAUUUGAAAGUUACGUUGCUUCUCCAGCACGGUUAGUGAGGAAGAUGAAAUGGUAAACUUUAAGUCAACAAUAUCAGACCAAGUGUCCCAUAAUGUUUUUAUAAGUUUGGUAAACCUAGUCCCAUCGUAUACUUUUGGACAGUGUUACAAACUACAAUUUUAUAACACUUUGUAAUACACUGAUUUGGAAGCUUCUAAUGUCGAGUGAGAAUAUAUUGUAUGGGUUCAAAUCUAUUAAUUAUUAAGUAUUAUGAGGUUGGAUGUGGGUGUAGUUUUGCUUAAGCCAUUCCGGAAAUUCAACAAGGUUGGCAGGGGGUCAGUUGAAAUCUCACUGGAGAAAUGUCUUUUAAUGUAGCCGUUCUCAAUUUUUUUUGUCUCAAUACGCUUUAGAGGCUUCCCAUCCUCCCACUGUGGUGAUUGCUCCCCAGGGCCUUGUCUCCUAAAGGGAGGGGUCAAGGUGGGCAACUCCUAAAGGGGUGUGCCUCGUCCUCCUCCCCCUGCUUGAGAAGCACCACCGUGACAUUUACUGGGCGUCGUUGCUGUGGUAAGACUGAGCACGUCUGAAUGAGGCCGCUCAGUCAGCGCCUCUCCCUCCACUCCCAGAUGGGGGAGCUGCAUUUCCCAUUGCUCAGCUUCUAGAGGAGAGGUCUCCUCUUCUUUCUAAAGACAUGAACUUGUCAUUGUGGGUUAGAAUUAGCAGUGGGAUGUUUAGCAGCCUUUUGGAUACACAGUGAUUUAAAUAUUUGGUCUGCAGUCUUCCUCAAAGUGUUCUUGGUGGAGACGUUCUGUGGAAGGCAGGUUGGGGGCCACUGCUGCUGUCAGAUAUGUUGGAGAAACUCUUCAUUUGGACCUGCUGUCUUUAAAGUUCGUUUUGGCCCUGGUGCCCUUUUUAUAUGUAACCCCUGUUAACGCCGCGUAACAACACUUUACAACAUUGAAUGAACGCCAGCCUCUGGUCUUCCAGUCGACCGUCCAUUAGGGAUGAGAAGGCAGAGACCUGUUUCCAAACUCAGAGGUGUUCUUCCAGCUUACACUAAUGUCUGGUUUUCUUAAACUGUGUGAAAGAAAAAAUUUAUUUAUGAUAAUAAAGGCCUCCUGGUUCUCA